AUGGAUUACAACUCGAUUGUUUUUCGCGAGUUUACACACGAAUCAUUACAUCGUAUUGAACGUUAUCGACAAGAAGAAGCUGAACGUCUUGCUUCUGAACGAUUACAACGACAAAUAAUACGUGAAGACGAUAGUGAACAAUAUAAUUCAAUGACAAAAUCAUCUAAAUAUGAACAAUUAUAUUUAAAACGUAAACCAAAUAAAGAAUUAGCAGUUGGACAAACAUUACCAAGAAUAUUACAAACAAAAUUUCCUGCUGAACUUAUUGGUAAACCAAUUGAAGAAAUUGAUUGGUAUUAUCGAACUGAAUAUGUAUUUAUGGUUGUUAAUCGAAAUAAAACAAUAUUUCGAUUUAGUUCAACUCCAGCAUGUUUUAUAUUUUCUCCAUUUAGUUGUCUUCGUCGUUUAGCUAUACGAAUAUUAACACAUUCAUUAUUUAGUACAUUUGUUAUACUUACAAUAUUAACUAAUUGUAUAUUUAUGACACUUAAAAAUGUACCUGAUACAAAUGAAUAUGUUUUUACAAUAAUUUAUACACUUGAAGCAUUAACAAAAUGUGUUGCACGUGGAUUUAUUCUUAAAAAAUUUACAUUUUUACGUGAUCCAUGGAAUUGGUUAGAUUUUAUUGUCAUUACUUUAGCAUAUAUUACAUUUUUUGUUAAUUUGGGAAAUGUUUCAGUACUUCGAACUUUUCGAGUAUUAAGAGCAUUGAAAACUGUUGCUGUUGUUCCGGGUUUAAAAACAAUUGUUGAUGCAUUAAUACAAUCUCUUAUUUGUUUACGAGAUGUUACUGUUUUAUCAAGUUUUAUUCUAUCUAUAUUUGCUUUGGUAGGCUUACAGCUUUACAUGGGAGUUUUACGACAAAAAUGUGUACCAACUUAUGAAUCAUUUUUAAAUAAUUCAAAUUUUUCUACAGUUGGUUUUAAUAUGUCAUAUGAAUCUUAUAUAAAUGAAAUUGCUAACGAAACUUAUUGGUAUCAAGAAGAUGAUAAUUAUGUACUUUGUGGAAAUGCUAGUGGAAGUCGAAAAUGUCCGAAAGGUUAUGUUUGUUGGAAAGAUCGAGGAAAAAAUCCUGAUUUUGGAUAUACAAGUUUUGAUAGUUAUGGUUGGGCUAUGUUAUCUUGUUUUCGAUUAAUGACACAAGAUUAUUGGGAAAAUCUUUAUCAAUUGAUAUUGACAGCUGCUGGUCGUUAUCAUUUUUUUUAUUUUGUUGCUGUCAUAUUUUUUGGUUCAUUCUAUUUGGUAAAUUUAAUCUUAGCUAUUGUAUCAAUGUCAUAUCAAGAACAACAACAAAAAGUAAAUGCUGAAAAAAAAGAACGUGAACGACGUAAAGUUAAAGAUGAACUUGAACAACAAAAUGAAGAAGCACGAAAAGUAUAUGAAUUUGAUAAUUUAUAUCAAAUAGAAGAUCAAAAUAUUGAAAAUCAACUUUUUUUUGAAAAUCCAAAUCGACAAUUAUCAUAUUCAAGUCUUUCAAUUGAAUAUGAUCAAAAUCGAACAAAUUAUGAUCAAGAACAAAAAGAAUCAAUGCAACCAUUACCAUUAUUAUUAUUUGAAAAUUCAAGUUAUGUUUUAUUAAAUCAAACAAUAAAUAUAGAUGAAGAACAAAGUUUUGAUACAACAAUACCAUUUCUUGAUGAAAUACAACAAAAUUCAAUAAGUAUUAAAAGUCAUGAAACAUCAUCAAAACAACGACCAAGAAAUAUUUCUCAUAUUUCGGAACGACAAAAUGCAGAUAAUGAAUCAACUGUUACCCUUUAUCAACCAAAAACUCAUAUAAAAUAUUCACAUGUUGGCGAAGUAUUAUCACGUCCAAAAUCUGAAACAACAAGUAUUCGAUCCAAAAAUAUGGAUACAAUUAAUACAUGUGAUCGACCAACAAUGAAAUUUCUAUGGAAUAUUUGUUGUGAAUGGAAUUUUCCAUCACAUUUAUUUCAAAAAUUUCAAGCAGGUGUGGCUUUUUUUAUAUUGGAUGCAUUUGUUGAUUUAUUUAUAACAAUAUGUAUUAUAUUAAAUACAUUUUUUAUGGCACUUGAUCAACCUGGUCAAAGUGAUAAAAUGACACGUAUUUUAACAACAGGAAAUUAUGUUUUUACUGGUAUAUUUACAACUGAAGCAAUAUUAAAAAUUAUAGCUAAAGCACCAGCAAAAUAUUUUAAAAAUGGAUGGAAUGUAUUUGAUGCAAUUAUUGUUACACUUAGUCUUGUUGAAUUAGGUCUUGCAAAUAUAAAAGGUUUAAGUGUUUUACGAUCAUUUCGUUUAUUACGAGUAUUUAAAUUAGCUAAAUCAUGGCCAACACUUAAUCGUUUGAUGUCAAUUAUUGGUAAAACAAUUGGAGCUUUAGGAAAUUUAACAUUAGUUCUUGUUAUUAUUAUUUUUAUUUUUGCUGUUAUGGGCAUGCAGUUAUUUGGUCCAAAAUAUGCUAUUAAAUUUGAGAAAGAUAUGCCAAGAUGGAAUUUUUUUGAUUUUUUUCAUGCAUUUAUGAUUGUUUUUCGUGUAUUAUGUGGUGAAUGGAUUGAAUCAAUGUGGACAUGUCUUCAAUGUGCUGGUUGGCCAUGUAUACCAUUUUUUCUUUUUACAUUUGUCAUUGGUAAUCUUGUGGUAUUAAAUUUAUUUUUGGCUCUUUUACUUGCAUCAUUUGGUUCAAAUGUUUUAUCUGAACGUGAAAAAGAAGAAGAUGAUAAUAAAAUAGGUGAAGCAAUUGAUCGUAUACAACGAUGUAUUCGUUUUAUAUUUCGUUUAAUAUUUCGUUUAUGUUAUAAAAGAAAACGAAAAAUUAUUGAAAGUACAACUAAUGAAACAAUAUAUCUUAAUCAAUCUCUUUCUGGUACAAAUGAUUUAAUUACUAAUACUUCAUUUUCAACAUCAAUUGAUAUUGAUAAUAAAAAAAAUAAAUCUAAUGGUUUAUUAAUAUUAACUAAUGAAGCAAUAGAACCAAUCGAAGAUAUUGAAAUGAAAUCAUUGAAUAAUGAUAAUAAUAAUCCUACAAAUUCAACAAUACUUUCCUAUGGUCGAAUUCUUCAGAUGCCACCAGAUUGUUGUCCAAGAAUAAUAUCAAAAUAUUUUGAUCGUUUUAAAUAUCUUAUUCCAAAAACAAUUCAACAACAAUGGACAUAUCUUCGUAGUAAAGCUCAUCGUCUUGUUGAACAUCGUUUUUUUGAAUGGCUUAUUAUUGCUAGUAUUUUAGCUAGUAGUACAACUUUAGCAUUAGAAGAUAUAAAUACACGACAACAACCAAAAUUUUAUUCAAUUUUACAUUCAUUUGAUCAAUUAUUUACAAUUAUAUUUACAGCUGAAUUAGUUUUAAAAUGGUUUGCAUAUGGAAUAAAAAAUUAUUUUACAAAUGGUUGGAAUUGGCUUGAUUUUCUUAUUGUUGUUGUUAGUGUUCUUGGAAGUUUACUUGAUUGGCUUGGUGUUGCAGAUAUACCAGCAUUUAAAUCAAUGAGAACAUUACGAGCAUUAAGACCAUUAAAAGCAUUAUCAAGAUUUGAAGGAAUUCGAGUUGUUGUUAAUGCAUUAAUUGGUGCAAUUCCGUCCAUAUUUAAUGUUUUACUUGUUUGUCUUGUAUUUUGGCUUAUUUUUUCAAUUAUUGGUGUACAAUUAUUUGGUGGAAAAUUUUAUAAAUGUGUUUAUCAUGAUACACAUGAUCGAGUUAAUAUAUCAGAAAAUAUAACUAAUAAAAUUGAUUGUUUAAAUAAAAAUUUUACAUGGGAAAAUUCAAGAGUCAAUUUUGAUAAUGUUGUUAAUGGUUAUUUAGCUUUAUUUCAAGUUGCAACUUUUAAAGGAUGGAUUGAAAUAAUGGCUGAUGCAACUGAUGCAAAAGAAAUUGAUGUCCAACCGGAACGUGAAUCGAAUGUUUAUUUUCUUGUUUACUUUGUUUUAUUCAUUAUAUUUGGUUCAUUUUUUACAUUAAAUCUAUUUAUCGGUGUUGUUAUCGAUAAUUUUAAUCAACAAAAACGAAAAUUAGGAAGUGGUGGUUCAAUAGAAAUGUUUAUGACUGAUGAUCAAAAAAAAUAUUAUAAUGCUAUGAAAAAAAUGGGUAAUAAAAAACCAACAAAAGCAUUACCAAGACCACGAUUUCCAAUAGCAAGAUUUUUUUUUGAUUUAACAACAAAUCAAAAAUUUGAUAUAUUUAUUAUGAUGUGUAUUUUUCUUAAUAUGCUUUGUAUGUGUCUUGAACAUCAUAAUCAAAGUUAUGCAUAUGAACGUAUUCUUUCAUAUAUAAAUAAUUUUUUUGUUGCUAUAUUUACAAUUGAAUGUGGUAUGAAAUUAAUUGCAUUACAUUAUAAAUAUUUUACUAUACCAUGGAAUGUAUUCGAUUUUAUUAUUGUCAUUGCAUCGAUUCUUGGACAAGUAUUAGGUGAAAUUAUGGCAAGUUAUUUUGUUAAUCCAACAUUAUUACGUGUUGUACGUGUUGCACGUGUUGGACGAGUUUUACGUCUUGUUAAAGGAGCAAAAGGUAUUCGAACAUUACUUUUUGCAUUAGCUGUUUCAAUGCCAGCUUUAUUUAAUAUUGGUCUUCUUCUUUUUCUUGUCAUGUUUAUUUAUUCAAUAUUUGGUAUGUCAUUUUUUUCAUAUGUACGAAAAGCAGCUGGUGUAACUGAAAUAUUUAAUUUUGAAACAUUUCCAAAUUCAUUAAUUAUACUUUUUCAAAUGUGUACAACAGCUGGUUGGUCAGGUGUUUUACAAGCAUUAACAAAUGAUCGACCACCAGAUUGUGAUCCAACUCUUAAAUUACCAUCACAUAGAGGUGAUUGUGGUACUACAGCUAUUGCAAUACCAUUUCUUGUUAGUUAUUUAAUUAUAAGUUCACUUGUUGUGGUUAAUAUGUAUAUUGCAGUUAUUUUAGAAAAUUUUUCUCAAGCACAAGAAGAUGUACAACAAGGUUUAACAGAUGAUGAUUAUGAUAUGUAUUAUGAAAAAUGGCAAUAUUUAGAUCCAUCAGGUUCACAAUUUAUUCGUUAUGAUCAAUUAUCAGAUUUUGUUGAUGGUUUAGAACCUCCAUUACGUAUACCAAAACCAAAUCAAUUAUUACUUGUUGCUAUGGAUUUACCAAUAUCUGAUGAUGAUCGUAUGCAUUGUGUUGAUAUACUUGAUGGUUUAACAAAACAUUUUCUUGGUACACUUGAUGUAUCAACAUUAGGUACAGGUACAAAUGUACCUAUUGAUAUAAAAAAAGAUCGUCCAAAAGAUUAUCGACCAAUAACAACUACCGUACAACGUCAACGAGAAACAUAUUUAAGUCGACUUGGUUUACGAGGUUUUCGUACUAAUGUUGAACGAUGUCGAUGUAAACGACAAAGUCGUGAACCAAUACUUGAAAGAGCUACAAUUGAUGAACUUAUUGAAUUAGAUGAUUUAGAAACACCAACAUCAAUAAUAUCAUGUCGAAAUAAAAUUUGUACAAUUGAUUCAAUAUCAAUAGAACAACAACAACAACAGCGAGAAAGAACUCCUUCGAAUACAUCAUCAAUUUGUUCAUUUGGAGGAAGAUCUUUAUGUUGA